UAGAGAUUCGCCUCUCCUGGUUUUGCCCAAACCCCCCUUUCUGCCCAAAACCCUCGCUUAGCCCUCCCUCUCCAGCUUUCGUGACCGAAUCCUCGCGAUAACAGACGCGAUUAGAGUUGCCUGGGAAGGCGAAGACGGGAUCGAGGCGUACAGUUACCCGUAACUUCACAUCUUCCUUUUCACGUGAAGCCCCCGUCCUGGCUUUACUAAAUCCGCCGAUUCACAGGAUUCAGUAAAUCCGGGAUUUACGGCUGAAAUACGUGAAAUCCUGAUUUAUCAAAUUCACGGCUUUAUUAUGUUUGAAUUGAUCGGCUGGCAAGGUUUUAGGAUUUAUGGUAAAUCCUGUGUAAAUCGUGUUACCAGACAGCCCCCAAAACAGAUCUGCUUCUGAUUAUCUUCUCAAGAUUAUUCCUCGGACGCUUCCUACUGCUAGAUAAUUGCGAUGCUGUAUAUCGUUGGUCUGGGUCUUGGGGACGAGAGAGACAUUACAAUUAGGGGUCUCGAAGCUGUUAAAAGCUGCAAGAAAAUCUAUAUAGAGGCCUACACUUCUCUCCUCUCCUUUGGUCUCUCCACUGAUGGUCUCUCCAGAAUGGAAAAGCUAUAUGGAAAGACCAUCACUAUUGCGGACAGAGAAAUGGUAGAAGAAAAUGUUGAUAAAAUAUUGACAGAAGCUUCUGAAUCCGAUGUAGCUUUCUUGGUUGUCGGGGAUCCCUUCGGAGCAACAACCCAUUCUGACUUGGUUGUCCGUGCGAGGAAGUUGUUGGUGGAAGUCAAAGUGAUUCACAAUGCGUCAAUAAUGAAUGCGAUUGGGGUUUGUGGUUUGCAAUUAUAUCGUUAUGGUGAAACGGUAUCCAUACCUUUCUUUACGGAUACAUGGAGACCUUACAGCUUCUAUGAAAAAAUUCAGAGAAAUAUAGAGCUUGGAUUGCAUACUCUUUGUUUAUUAGAUAUACGUGUAAAGGAACCUUCCAUUGAGUCAUUAUGCAGAGGAAGAAAGUGUUUUGAACCACCAAGAUUCAUGACAAUCAACACUGCUAUAGAACAACUAUUGGAAGUAGAAGAAGCCCUUGGAGCAUGUGUUUAUGGUAAAAAUUCAAGAUGUGUCGGUCUUGCUCGGGUUGGUAAUGAGGAUCAAGUGAUAGUCGCCGGUUCGAUGGAAGAUCUGCUCGAUUUUGAUUUUGGAGCACCUCUUCAUUGCCUCGUGAUCGUCGGCGAGACUCAUCCUGUGGAAGAAGAGAUGUUGGAGUUCUAUUCAAUCAAGUAAAAGUUAAGUUCUGCAUCUCCAUCGCUUUACAAUACCACAUAUCAGAACUUGUAUGGCUCUUUUAAUGCAUUAUAUUGGUUCUGGAUUGAUUUGGCCUGCAUUUUCUGCCUGUUGUGUAUCACUUAGCAUGAUUUGUUAGGUUUAACUGUUGUAACUUAUUAUAAUCAUCAUCAUCAUUAUUAUUUUUGCUCCAUUAAUAUAAGUUGAACCCAAGUCAAAUGAUUAUCUCUGGGUGUAGAUGUAAAUCUGAAAGGCCAUGUUCAUUG